CCCAUACAAGAGACGAUAUAAAUUUUGCCCUACUUCGUUGCAGAAACUCGUCUAGGGUUAUCCCCGCCGCAGCAGCCGCCGUCGCCUCCCCUCCGCUGCCACCGCGAAAAUGCCGUCCCAUAAGACGUUCCGGAUUAAGCAGAAGCUGGCCAAGAAGAUGCGGCAGAACCGCCCAAUCCCCUACUGGAUCCGCAUGCGCACCGACAACACCAUCAGGUACAAUGCCAAGCGCAGGCACUGGCGCCGCACCAAGCUUGGAUUCUAAUUUAAUUUUGAGAUCUGUUACUUUCUUGAGACAUUUGGGCUUUAUGGGGCAAAUUUUAUUCAGUAUCAAAGUGUAGCGUGGUAUUUCAGUGUAGCCACUACAGUGGUUUGAUGACUCGAUGUAUCCGCCAGUGAAGGCUUUAUGACUUUGAUCAGCACAUUCAGUUCACUGUGAAGAUGGCAUGUCUUGAAUCUAAGCAUCAGUUAGUAGUCAA